AUGGCUGUAUCAGCUGACAGUGAGAAGGAACGUGGGAGGCUCGUUUACCAGCUUGAGGUAAGAGUUAUUCGAUCCAUGAAGAGUGCGUUCGAGCGUGCUGGUGUGGGCGAGUCGGGUAUACUGAUAUGGGAUAAGUUUAACACUUGCGUCCUCAAGGAUUCUGUUAUGAAGAGCAAGUUGGCCUUGGUUGGAAUAGACUCGUCAAUGGUACGGGAGCUCUUCAAAAUCCUCGAUACCAACGAGUCUGGUCGUGUGACUUGUGAAGAGUUCAUCGGUGGUCUGCUGAGGUUGAGAGGACAGGCUAAGGCAAGGGAUAUCCUCACUCUGAGGGUGUCACUGUUGAGUCUAUUGGAGCGGCUGGAGGUUAUCGAGGAUCGGGCGAGAAGAGUGAAUCUUGCAUUGAGAGGAAUCUAUGAUGAUGUGGAUCAAUGGAAUGAACUGUUCUUGGGUAACCGAUCGCGAUGCCAGGAAGUGUGGGAUGCUUCCGCAUGGAAUGCUAAGGUUUCUUCUGUGAAACGACAGAUCCUCAGCACUCUACACAACAGAAUUCAGAGGGAUCGAGAGGCGGUCUUGGGACGUGCCCGGGUGGGAUCGACACGGCAUGCUCAGAAUAGUCAGGAUGGUAAUUAA